AGUCAACCCACCAUAAUCCAACACAUUUAUAAUUUCAGAAAUAACCUUGGCUCCUUGUUCUACCCCACGGUUCAUAUCAGCAGCCCAUGGAAAAACACGUCAAUGUUGUUUUUCCCUCAUUACAACAGUGGCUGUCAUUAGCAUCCUGUGAGUUAAGAGCACCAGGCCGCAGAUUGUCCCCUCUGAAGGGCCACCCAUGGAGCACAAGAGCGGCUGGGGGUCUGGGACUCAGAUAAAGGGGUCUGAAUUUGCGUGCGUCCAGCUGAAUUGUGUAGUGACACGUGGGAGUGUGUCGGACGGUUGUGAAACGCUGGCCGGAGGAGCGGCAGGAAGAGCGGAGAGAGAUAGCGAAUGUUCAUCCAUCAGUUAGAUGAACUAGAGCUGUUUAUAAACACAGGGGCUGCUGGGAAUGUUCUAAUGAGGCCACUCAUUCACAUCGUGCAUGAUCCGUCAUUAUUUCCCUUAAACUGCUCCUCACUCCCUUUAUGGGAUCUUUGUUUGAUUGAGUUUAACGUUUACGCCAACAGUACAGUUGAGUUUUCUCAUUAUGGUGGCAGGAUAAUGUUCAACGUUUCGUUUUUGUGUGUGUAUUAUCGACUUUCCUGUGUUUAAAGUUGCACAGAUAUUGGUAUGUGUUUGAAUUAAUGGUUUGCGUUGGAGGGACGCGCUGUUUGUUUUACGCAUGUGUGUUUGGCAAGUGCUGGAUGUCCAGGCUGAACUGCUGUCAACAUCACAAACGCAAGAGAGAUCCAGCACACACAACAUCAGCGCUGCAUGAUCCGGGCCAUCUCUGUGAAGAGUAAGAAUCCAGUGAUCAGAUGAGAGAAGGGACAGAUCCUGAGAUGAGCAUGUCUGUCAGCGGCUAUCUCUCUGCCUCAGACGCCUUUGACAUCACAGACCAUUCACAGUACUAUGAUGUUCUUGUGGAUCCUCUGAGCUGCUCUUACCAGGAACCGGAUCUACAAAGCCCUCUCUAUGGCCAACAACCAUUUAGUCCUGUCAACGUGCAGUUCUCCAUGUAUGGGGCGCAGAAUGUUCCAGCAUGCAACCCGCCGUACCCCUACAGCCAUCAGUGCUCUGAAUACACCUGUGAGCCUGAUAUGGAGGUCCAAAGCUCAACAGCCAGAGCCAGCAUUGUUGGUCUUCCAGUGCUGAAAAGACCCAGAAUGGGCCAUGGAGCUCGAGUGAAGGGCCAGGAUGAGCUGUGUGUGGUGUGUGGAGAUAAAGCCUCAGGAUAUCACUACAAUGCCCUCACCUGUGAGGGAUGCAAAGGUUUUUUCAGACGCAGCGUAACUAAAAAAGCUGUGUACCACUGCAAGAGUGGUGGAAGCUGUGAGAUGGACAUGUACAUGCGGAGAAAGUGUCAGGACUGCAGACUGCGCAAAUGCAGGGCCGUCGGGAUGCUGGCAGAGUGUCUGCUUACAGAAGUGCAAUGCCAAUCAAAGAGACUGAGGAAGGGCUCCAAACACAGAGGACACAAUGGAUCAUCAGCAAGAGCUGAAGACGACUACUCUGAAAGCAGAAGCGUCUCGUCCACCAGCAGAAUCAACACACGGGUAUCAUCUGGUUUCUCCAGAGAGCAGAGAUGCAUUCUGAAUAGAAUUGUUGAGGCUUUUCGUAGAUACAUAAUUCAAGACAACACUCACUGUCGGGUACCUCUAUGGUCAAGUUUAACAAAUACCCAUCUGACUCCACCUCAGACCGAGAAGCUUUUGCAGUUUUUGAGGAGCGUACCUGGGUUUGAUCUAUUGGAUAGUUCUGACCAGAACACACUUCUGUCCAGCGCUUCGGUUGAAGUCAUGUUCUUACUCCUAGCUCAACAGUUCUCUGAGAACCCUACUAGUGUUAGCACUGCUUUAUACCCAGCAAAUCUGAAUAACUCAAACCCUGAUUGGGGGAAAACUUUAGAGUCCAAGAAUGGGAGCAGCCACAGGAUACUGACACACUCAGGGUUGAAUGAUGAGCUCUUGAGAUCUGUGGUAAAUUUCCUUCAUAGCAUGGUGACGAUUGCAGUGACCGAGGCUGAGUAUGCACUUCUAACAGCGACUGCAGUUUUGUGUUCAGCAGACAGGCCGACUCUGCGAGCUGUGGGAUGUGUGGAGAACUUACAGGAGUUUGUUCUGGAGCUCCUCUCUCGAGUUUGCUGCUCCUGCAGUCAGAGGACAGGGGCACAGGACCCGCGCCGAUUUGCCAGGCUCCUGGGAAGACUGACAGAACUGAGAACUCUACGACACAACCACCUCACCCUUCUCCCACAGCAACCCUGGGACCUGCAGCCCUGAGGAGAGAGAUUUAUCACAUCUGAUCUCUGUUGCAAUACGCUCAUAAUUUCUGCCCAGAACAAUAUACCAGGUCAAUGUACGGUGGGUCACCCAUGUGCAACCAUAGUUUAGUAAAAAGUGAAAGAAUGUAAGCCUCAUAGUGUGAUGAUAUCUCAUAUGCAUUCAAUAAAAAUGGUUAUUUUGUGUUUCAGGG